AUGCAUCCCAAAUCGCCACGCAAAUCUACAACUUCUGGAAAACGCUUUUUCCGGGUAGAUCGCAACCGCGAGUCAGUGCAUUUCAUCACUGACAUUUGUAGCUCGAAUGAGCUCUUUCUGAUAGACCCCGAGCUUGCGCCACUCGCGCCAAGUCAUCUGCCCGUUAUUACUGCCAAUCCCAUCCUCGCAUCACGGGCAUCUUUUUCGACAGCGGCCAGCCCAACCUCACUGCUCAACGUGAAGCCGGGAAAGGAGGACGAUGUUGACGAGUCUGUGAAGGAACUGUUGCCACCGCGACACUCGUUCAGUUCUAAUCAGCUCACAACUUCGGCGGCCGAAUUCGCCGAAACCAAUUGCAUAGUCGAUGCAUCCACUGGGCCCAGAGUGGGCGGCAUUCAACUCGGUCUUGUAAUUGUAGUUGUUUUUGUAAUUCUACUAGUAGGAAUAGUAGUAGUAGUAGUAGGAGGAGGAGUUGUUGUUGUUGUUUUCGUUGCAAUAUUAGGUCUUGAUAUUGCUAGUAAAAUGUUUUUAGGACAAACUUCUGAAGAAUUUCCUGUCUUGCACAGUAAAGCUGAUGGACUUUUUUUCGAUGCCCACAAGAGAAUUCAGCAGAGACUCGAACUUGUGCAUCGCUGGGCCUUUUAG